GCGUGCGCGGAGAGCGGGAAGGCCGGGUGUGGAGAAUAUCCAGGAAGUGGCUGCAGUUCUACCUCUGAUCUGGCUGCCAUGUAUCAUGGACGAACUACUGGUAAAGGACCCUCCACUCCCACACAGAUUUUCGAGCAACCUCCGAGGAUUCUCAUUGUGCAUAUCGCUCUACCAUCCUGGGCUGACAUCUGCUCCAACCUCUGUGAGGCUCUGCAGGACUUUUUCUCCCUAGCCUGCAGCUUGAUGGGCCCCAGCCGCAUGUCCCUCUUUAGCUUAUACAUGGUACAAAAUCGGCACGAGUGUGUCCUCCCCUUUGUGCAAGUGAAAGGGAACUUUGCUAAGCUACAGGCCUGCAUCUCAGAACUCCGCAUGUUACAGAGAGAAGGUUGUUUCAGACCACAAGGCACUUCUCUGCAGCUGGCAGUAGAAGAUGGGCUCCAGCAGUUCAAACAGUACAGCAGACAUGUGACCAUAGGCACAGCUCUGAGCUACGCUUCCCUGGAGAUUACUAUUCUGACUUCCCAGCCCGGAAAAGAGGUGGUCAAACAGUUGGAGGAAGGAUUGAAAGAUAUAGACCUAGUCAGGGUCAGGAGGCUCCAGGUGGUUGAGAUCACAAAGGGAGCCCUAGAUUGUAUGGACUCAGCAUCCCCUGGUGAAGAGCCCUGCAGUGAUGAGAGUUAUAUCCUGGGAACUGACAUUGACCUUCAGACUAUAGACAAUGAUAUUGUCAGCAUGGAGAGUUUCUUCAAAGCCUGGCUACAUAACAGUGGAACAGACCAAGAACAUAUCCAUCUUCUUCUUUCUUCACAGUCUUUCAGCAACAUUUCCAGAGGCAGAGAUAAUCCAAUGUGCCUGAAAUGUGAUGUCCAAGAGCGACUCCUCAGCCCGUCCUUGCUCCCUGGCACAGCUGAUGGCUCUUUGAGAAUGGAUGACCCCAAAGGAGACUUCAGCACACUCUACCAGAUGGCUUCCCAGUCGUCGGCCUCUCGUUACAAGCUCAGGGUGAUCAAGGCUCUAAAAUCCAGCGGGGUCUGCGAGUCAGUGACAUAUGGACUCCCAUUCAUUCUCAGACCCACAAGCUGUUGGCAGCUGGACUGGGAUGAACUGGAGACAAACCAGCAGCAUUUCCAUGCUUUGUGUCACAGCCUGCUGAAAAGAGAAUGGCUGCUGUUAGCCAAAGGGGAGCCCCUAAACGGAGGACACAGCCUGAGAGAGCCCCCCAGCACCUUCUACGUGAUCGUGCCAUCGCGCUCCCCAACUCUGCUGGUGAAGGCAGUGGCCACGCGGGAACUGAUGCUGCCCAGCCCCUUUCCCCUGCUGCCUGAGGACCUGCCUGAGGACAGCCUCAAGAUUGUGGAGAGCGCGCUGGAUGGCCUGGAGCUAGAGCCCACCUACAACCCCUUACAGAUUUGCAGCCACCUGUACUCACACCUGAGUAGCACUUUUGCCAAGCCCCAAGGUCGACUCCACCCAAGCUGGGAGAGGCGGGCCCUGAGAAAGCAUCCCGGCAAGACAAGCCGAGUUCGAGCCACAGUGGCCCCCCUGCCUAUGACUACAACCCCUGGCAGAGACCCCAAGAUGCCAGCAGCCAGCAAAGCCACCUCAGAAGCCUUCCAGCAUUCCAAAGAAGAGGAGGAGGAAGAAGAGGAGGAAUAUCCCUCAGGGCUUUAAGUCACCAGUGCCAGAGCCUGGCUGCCCUGCUCAAUCACAUCCAUGCUGAGGCUCACAUGAUGGUGUUCUGUGUGUGGUCAGACCUGCCUUCUGUCCACCUGAGCCUCUGUGAGGUCUGAGUGACAGAAACCAAGCUUUUCCCUCCUCUGUCCUCAGUGCUGCCACUGCCCCCCUCCUCAGCUUGGGAAGAGACACACCCGAGCCUCUCCCUCCUCCAAGCAAGGACUCAUUUUUCUUUUGUGUCACUUGAUACUGUGAACACAGAUGAAGAUUAAACACCCAAUGAACCAGUGCCAUUGUUAGGGUCAUUCCUGGUCCAAAUUUGUCCUUAUAGCUCUGCCUAAGCAGGUGGAUGAGGUUGGGUCACCUCAGGAAAUCGGGGCUCAGGACACAAGGAUGAAGUUUCCAGAGCUCAUGAAAAACAAGUAGGAUUGAAACCCAAGCCCGAUUCCAAAGUCCAUGCCCCUCCCACUAUACCCGCAACACUGUACUUCC